CUGCAGUUUCACUCUUUACUGACAUUCUCGUGGAGGUUUGAAUCGCACAGAGCUCGUGUCGUCGGUCUCAAUUAAAGAAGAAUAACCAAAACAAAUAAAACCCCACACGGUGUCGGUGAUUACUUGAAACCCCGAGUGGGAGGGAUUUCUUCUGGAGAGCAUCCUCGUUUACCUGGAUGACCAUGGCGGACGACGACGUGCUGUUCGAGGAUGUCUACGAGUUGUGCGAGGUGAUCGGCAAGGGUCCCUUCAGCGUGGUGAGGCGCUGCAUCAACCGGGACACGGGCCAGCAGUUUGCCGUGAAGAUCGUCGACGUGGCCAGCUUCACCUCCAGCCCUGGGCUCAGCACAGAAGAUCUGAAGCGAGAGGCCAGUAUCUGCCACAUGCUCAAACACCCCCACAUCGUGGAGCUGCUGGAGACCUACAGCUCUGACGGCAUGCUCUACAUGGUCUUUGAAUUCAUGGAUGGAGCAGAUUUGUGCUUCGAAAUAGUCAAGAGAGCCGAUGCGGGGUUUGUUUACAGCGAGGCUGUGGCCAGUCACUACAUGAGGCAGAUUCUGGAGGCUCUGAGGUACUGCCAUGACAACAAUGUGAUUCAUCGCGAUGUAAAGCCUCACUGCGUGCUUCUGGCCUCAAAAGAGAACUCUGCUCCAGUCAAGCUGGGUGGAUUCGGUGUGGCCAUACAGCUGGGAGAGUCCGGUUUAGUAGCUGGAGGUCGUGUCGGCACGCCUCACUUCAUGGCCCCCGAGGUGGUGAAGAGGGAGCCGUACGGCAAGCCCGUGGACGUUUGGGGGUGUGGAGUCAUCCUCUUCAUCCUCCUCUCUGGUUGCCUGCCCUUCUAUGGCACCAAGGAGCGCUUGUUCGAGGCCAUCAUUAAGGGGAAAUACAAGGUGAUGAAUCCGCGCCAGUGGGCCCACAUUUCAGAGAGCGCCAAGGACCUGGUGAGACGCAUGCUGAUGCUAGACCCCGCAGAGAGGAUCACCGUCUACGAGGCCCUGAACCACCCCUGGCUGAAGGAGAGGGACAGGUACGCCUACAAGAUCCACCUGCCUGAAACGGUGGAGCAGCUGAGGAAGUUCAACGCCAGGAGGAAGCUGAAGGGUGCAGUGCUGGCUGCUGUUUCCAGCCACAAGUUUAACUCCUACUACGGGGAUCCUCCUGAGGAGCUCCACGACUUCUCGGAUGACCCAACCUCCUCAGGACUGCUAGCUGCUGAAACAGGGGCAGUAUCACAGGUUUUGGACAGCCUUGAGGAGAUUCAUGCAUUGACGGACUGCAGUGAGAAGGACAUGGACUUUCUGCACAGUGUCUUCCAGGACCAGCACCUGCACACCCUGUUAGAUCUUUAUGAUAAAAUCAACACCAGGUCGUCUCCUCAGAUCAGGAAUCCUCCAAGUGAUGGAGUGCAAAGAGCCAAAGAGGUACUGGAAACCAUUUCCUGUUACCCGGAGAACAUGGAAGCCAGGGAGCUCCGGAGGAUCCUCACACAGCCACACUUCAUGGCUCUACUGCAGACCCACGAUGUUGUGGCCCACGAGGUGUACAGCGACGAGGCGCUGAGGGUGACCCCUCCACCGACUUCACCGUACCUGAACGGAGACUCUCCAGACAGCACCAACGGAGACAUGGACCUGGAGAACGUGACCAGGGUUCGGCUGGUCCAGUUUCAGAAGAACACCGACGAGCCAAUGGGCAUUACUCUAAAAAUGAAUGACCUCAACCACUGUAUUGUGGCUCGCAUCAUGCAUGGUGGAAUGAUUCAUCGACAAGGGACUCUGCAUGUUGGAGAUGAGAUCCGAGAGAUCAACGGCAUCAGUGUAGCGAAUCAGACGGUAGAACAGCUCCAGAGGAUGCUGAGGGAGAUGAGGGGGAGCAUCACUUUUAAGAUCGUGCCCAGUUACCGGUCCCAAUCCAUGUCCUGUGAGAAAGAGUCUCCGGAUCUGUCUCGCCAGUCGCCUGCAAAUGGUCACGCUAGUGUGACCAGCUCCAUCCUGGACCUGCCGGCGACGAUCCAACCCAAGGGCCGUCAGAUGACCAGACCUGCUAUGAAGGACAAAUUGUCCAUCAAGAUUUACGUACGCGCUCAGUUCGAGUACGACCCGGCUAAAGACGACCUCAUCCCCUGUAAGGAGGCGGGUAUUCGCUUCCGGGUAGGUGACAUUAUCCAGAUCAUCUCCAAGGAUGACCACAACUGGUGGCAGGGAAAGCUGGAGAACACUAAAAACGGCACGGCGGGCCUCAUCCCAUCACCGGAGCUGCAAGAGUGGCGUGUGGCGUGUAUAGCCAUGGAGAAGACCAAACAGGAACAGCAGGCCAGUUGUACUUGGUUUGGCAAAAAGAAGAAACAAUACAAAGACAAAUACCUGGCCAAGCACAACGCAGUGUUUGACCAACUAGACUUGGUGACGUAUGAAGAAGUGGUCAAACUGCCCUCAUUCAAGAGGAAAACACUAGUUUUGCUGGGUGCACAUGGAGUUGGUAGGAGGCACAUCAAGAACACACUCAUUGCUAAACAUCCGGAUCGCUUCGCCUAUCCUAUUCCUCACACAACUCGGCCUCCUAAAAAAGAUGAGGAGAAUGGGAAGAACUAUUACUUUGUGUCUCAUGACCAGAUGAUGCAGGACAUCAGCAACAACGACUACCUGGAGUACGGCAGCCACGAGGACGCCAUGUACGGAACCAGGUUGGAGACCAUCAGGCAGAUCCACGUCCAGGGCAUGAUCGCAAUCCUAGAUGUAGAGCCGCAGGUAACAACAGCACUAAAGAUCCUCAGGACAGCAGAGUUCGCUCCCUAUGUUGUCUUCAUUGCCGCUCCCACCAUCACCCCUGGAAUGACUGAGGACGACUCUCUCCAGCGGCUCCAGAAGGAGUCUGAGAUGCUACAGCAGACCUACGCUCACUACUUCGACCAAACCAUCAUCAACAACGAGAUCGACGACACCAUUCGCCUGCUAGAAGAAGCCGUGGACCUGGUGUCCACCACCGCUCAAUGGGUUCCUGUCUCCUGGGUCUACUGACACGACGCCAUAGACCUCCCCUCCUUUAACAUCCCAUCGCUCCACUCAACAGUUUGACUCACAUUAGUCAACAUUUCUGUAGAAAAAUCUUGUAAAAGAGGGAAAUAAAAGAUUAAUGACUCAUGGAAUGACUCCAUCCUGCCUCCCCCUUUUCCCAAUCGCCUCAAAGGCAUAUUGUUGUGUACAUAUAUACAUACACAUGUAUAUAUAAAUGAUAAAAAAGUACACGACUAUAGUUCUGUCCUCUGAUAGCAGAAGGGUGGGGAGAGGCAGGGCAGUGUGGUAGAUAUUUUGUAAUUUUUCUUUUGUAAUUGAUGGAUGAUCUAACAGAAAGGCAAUAGCAAGCAUGACCAUAAACCAGUCUUACGUGGUUGCCUGUGUGUGCGCGAUGUGUGUGUUGGCCUUAAAAAAGGCACUUCUCGUGGUACUUUGUGUCCUCCAACAGCCCCGCCCAGUCUCCCCAGCCCCUGUGACCAACAGGCCGAACUUUGAGGCACACCCUCAGCUCUCAGUGCAGGUCAGAGCGAAGGGACAAAAGAAAAGCACAGUAAAGCGGUUUCUCCGCCCCCCUGGCCCCGUUCUUUAUUUACUCCCCCGGCCCUUCGUGCCUUUCAGCUUGUUGAAGGAGCACACUACAUUCCUCCCCUUACAACCACUGGUGGUCUCUGUUUACAUCUCAGUUUGCACAAGACGGACAGCGACGAAGAAAACACAACAACCCCCUCCCAACAUGGCUUUGAUUUCACCCCUCCCUCGCACAUCGGCGGGUACUGGAACCUUUCUGAGAUACAAUCAGCGAUGAUAAAGCACGGACUCGGCUCCUGAACUGACAGCUGACCAGAAACAUUUUUAAAAAGGACUGCCUUUUCAGAGCCUCGGGGAGGGGGGGGACGACGUCUGUAACACCUAUGCACACCGCCACGACACCUCUCUACCCGCCUGACCGUGAGCCAUGCUUGUGUGGAAGCGUCGUGUUGGAGGGAUGAAUCCAACUCUACAGCCACCGAUCCAGAACUGAUAACCGUUGUCUUUAAGCAAAACACACAAAAAAAAUCAAACGUAUUCUUGUUUCGGGGCGAGAAAAUAACAAAUGUUGUGUAUAAAUGUUUCAAUGGUGUCAUACGAGUGAAAUACCAGGAGCCAGUGUAUAUUAACCCCUAAAAGAAGCUCAGUAUGUGACAUAAUCUUCUCAUGCUUUACAGCAAGUGGCAAAGCUUCUCCCACCUGCAGUUAGAAGGAAUCAGAAAAGUAACGCUCACCCUGAAAGUAGAGUUCAAACUGUGGUGCAGCAGCUGGUGUUGCCACUUGGAGUAAAGUCUUUUAUUUUAUUGUCCUGUGUAAAUUACCUCUGCAACAACAAAAAGCAGCUCUUCAGAAAAAAUGUUGUUCUUUUGUGUUAAUUCCUUUUUAAAGAAAAUAUAUUUCCUUUUAUGUGUUUAAAGUAAAA